GUGCGCCCUCCCCGCCCGCCCCGGAGUGUUGCGAGCAGCUGGCGGAGUUUGAUACAAAGUUGCUGCCGCGCGCCGGAGCCGGGACCCUCCCGGGAGACGGAGCCGGGACCCCAGCGCCCCCGCCAGCCCGGAGCAGGUGGGAUCCGGGCUGUCCUGGGACCGGAGCAGGAAUGGCUGAGAACUCGGACUCGCGGGACUCGGAUAACAGCUGGGUGAUCGCAGGCUCCGGGGGUUUUCCUGUGGAAACCGUGGGCCCAGAGCUGGGCGCAGCCACCCAGACACCCGCAGAUGAGGAGCCAGCAGGACACACCGUCCCCAAGGGGCACCACACCGAGGCCAGCGCCUCUCCAGGCAAGAAGAGUGAAGGCUCCCAGCUGAACACGUCCCCCUGUCCUGAGGAGGCUGAGUUCAAGGACUCUGAGGAGUAUCCCCGGGAGACCCCAAGCCCAGCAGCCUCCCCCAGGCCUGGCGCUCUGGGCCACGAGGCGUCAGAGAUCCAGGCGCAGGAAGGGCCAGGCUCCGAGGGCCCCAAGCUGGGCUCUGACACCAACACCUCAGGCUCCGCGCCCACUGGCAGAGCAGGGGAGCCGCAGGAGGAGGGGAGCAGCAGCGAGGAUGAUGCCGCGGGUCUGCGCUGGCAGCAGCCGCAGGACUCACGCCAGGCCCCGUGGGGCCCUGCCGAGCGCCGUGGGGCCCAGGCAGCCAGUGACGGGGAGAGCGGGCUCCGUGUGAAUUCAUGCCUUCUGGGCGUGCUGGCGCUCCUGGGCAUCGGGCUCCUGGCCUUCUCCGGUGCCAUCUACGACCCUGGGGAUGGCCCCAUAGAGAGCAUGGAUCCCAGGGACAUCCCAGAUGGGGAGCAGCAGCCACUGGCUGCUGGCGUGAAGGACUGCCUGCAGCAGCCCCCGCUGGACACGGCUGGGGACCCCCAGAGCCUGCACUCCAUGAGCCUGCUUCUGGACAAGCUGGCCAAGGAGAACCAGGACAUCCGGCUCAUGCAGGCGGAGCUGCAGGCGCAGAAGGACGAGCUCCAGGCCCUGCUGCAGAAGAGCGAGGGGGAGAAGGCGUCGGUCGGCUCCCAGCAGCAGAGCCUGGCAGGGGAGAACGCGCGGCUCCAGCAGGCGCUGCAGCAGGCGGCCGAGGCUCACCGCUCCGCCCAGGCCGAGCUGCGGGCGCUGCGGGAGCAGCUGCAGGGCCUGGAGCAGGGGGGCGCGGCCGAGACCCCGCGGCCGAGGGAGGGGCUGGGUGCAGAGCGACCCCCCGAGGAGCAGCUGCUGCCCCAGGAGCUGGCCAGGCAGCGUGGGCUGCUGGGCUCCGUGCGGCGGGAGCUGGAGGAGGCCCUGCAGCGAGCCCAGGGCUCGGGCGGGACCGAGCGGCUGCGGGUGGAGCUGGCCGGCGUGGAGCAGCGGCUGGCACAGGAGCUGCAGCGGGCGGAGAGCGGGGAAGAGACCGACAGCGGGGGGCGCGGCGGGGAAGGCAGAGGGGCCACGGAGCCAUCCCGCCCCCUGGCGGAGCCACCCAAAGCUGACAGGAAGGAGGGUGGGUGGCACAAGAGGCAGGAGACCAGAGCGGAGCGGAGGCGCCGGCAUGGGGACCCGGGGGGCAGGGAGAGGAGGGAGCAGGCUGGUGCCAAGCCCCCGAAGCGCCAGGAGCAGCCCGAGCCCCACAGGCGCCAGGGGCUGCGGGACGCCAGGCCGGCCAAGGACCAGAACGGGCAGCGUCGGGCGGGCGGUGGGAAGGGGGCGCUCCAGGGGCCCCACGAGCACAACGUCUUCUGGGAGCCGCCCCGGCUGCAGCGGUACCGGGCGCCCCAGGGCUGCAGCGGCGGGGCCGGCUGCGCCCGCCACGAGGGGCUGGAGCUGCUUGGGGCCGAGCUGGCGUCGGUGCAGAGGGGGCAGUUCCUGCGGCUGCUGAAGGGCUACAUGGCCGGGCUGGGCUGGGGGCAGCACUUCUCGGGGCUGGCAGCCCGGCUCGACGGCGCCUUCGCCCACGACCACCCGCGCUUCCGCCACGUCGUGGAGGAGCUGGCGGAGCUGCUGGAGGAGCUGGCGGAGCAGGAGCAGGGCGACGAGGAGGCGGCCGAUGACUUCGAGGAGUAUGUGCUGCAGCGUUACGGGGGGGACGGCUUUGCCAGGAAGGAGAGAGCGCGGCGGCGGGCGACGCAGCAGAGCAAGGAGCGCCGUGGGCACGGCCCCCCGCGGGACAGGGACGGCCCCCGCGGGAAGGAGAACAGCCCGCCAGACAAAGGCUAGAGCCGGGAAGGCGGCGCCAGCCGAGCGGGGCCCCAGCCAGCCCUGUACUGUGUAGGGCAGCAGCCAGAGCCCUGUAUGGACGCGAUGUUUGUUCUGCUGCGCUGUG